AUGAAAGGUUUGACAUCAUCUGCUAAACAGAUGGCUGAUUCAUGUACAUCAGCAUACAAUCGAUCUUCUUCUAUAGGAACGAAUGAUUCAUAUUGUCCAGCAUAUUUUGAUCGUAUUGCUUGUUGGCCACCAACAGAACCAGGUGUUCUUCGAAAUAUAUCUUGUCCGAGUAAUGUUUUCCCAAAUGCUAGUCCAGAUGCUUAUGCUACACGAUUAUGUACAAAUGAAUCACGAUGGCAAGACAAAGGUCAUUAUAGUUUAUGUAUGGGAUGUUCACCUUCGGAAUUAUCCAAUUCAAGUACAACAGGUCCUUUUUCAUUACCUCCAGCAUAUGUUGUUAUUCGACGAUAUUUUGUUGUUUGUGCAAAUGGUCUUUCAAUUGUUUUACUUGCAUGUGGUAUUUUAAUUCUACUUGGCAAUAGUCGUCUUCGACGAUGUUCUCGAAAUAUUCUUCAUGUUAAUAUAUUUCUUGUUUUUCUUAUUCGAUCAGCAAUACAAUUAUUUGCUGAACUUCGUAUGAGUCGAGGUUAUUUCGAUCAUAAUAUAUUUACUCGAAUUGAUGCAUGUAAUCGAACAACAAGUUAUUUUAAAGAAGAUCAAUUACUUGAUUGUAAAUUAUUUACUAUUCUAAUGAAUUAUAUUAAUACAAGUGUUUCACAUUGGUUUGUUUUUUGUGAAGCCUUAUAUUUAUUUCGUCUUCUACGAGCGAAAGCAUAUAAAGAUCGUGUUCGAUGGUAUAUAUUAACUGGUUGGCUAGCUCCACUUAUCUUAACAAUAGUGACAUAUACAACACGUUAUUUGAAAAAAACACAUUUUUACACAUGUUGGUUUGAACCAUCAAGUUUGGAUUGGAUUCUUCAUGGACCAAAUAUUAUAUUACAAAUUUUUAAUCUUAUUAUAUUUAUUUAUAUAUGUGUAUUGCUUGCACGAAAAUUAAAUAAAACUUAUCGAACAGCAGCUUUUUCCGAUCAAAAACGUUUUGCUAAAUAUAGUCGUUUAACACGUUCAACUUUAAUAUUAUUACCUGUAUUUGGUAUUCAUUAUUCUCUAUUUUUAUGGAAUACGAAACCAUAUUUAAUUACAAAUUUAAUUCUUAUUCAUUUGACUGUACAGACAGUAUCAUUAUCAUUUCAAGGUAUCAUUGUUGCAUUAAUUUACACAUUAAUUAAUUCUGAAGUUCAACGUGAAAUGUUUCGAAGUUUAGAUCGUUGUUUAGUAAGAAAUAGUACAGGAUGGCAUAAACCAAAAUUUUUUCGAAAUUAUAUGAAUAGAUUAGAUAAUGAACGUUUAU